CGGGAUCCACCCCCGGGGCAGGGCGCUGAGGGAGGCGGUGUCCCGGCUGCUCCCUCCCCUGGGCGGCCCUGGGGAGCGGCCCCACGGUGGGAGUCACGGGGCGGGCGGGCCGCUGCCAUGGAGCUGCCUGCGGUCAGCCUCAAGGUAUGGAUAUAUCCCCCAGAACAGAUGGGAAUAAAUUCUUCUGUCUCACCAGGAGGCUGCCUGCAAAUUAUCUCACGCCAUCAUUCUGGUACACUGGCUGCUCACAAUGUGGGGAUGCAUGAAUAACUCGUUUCCAGCCUCCUAUGCUUGGGGGAAUUUCAGUGUCCUUGCAGUGGGGAUCUGGGCCAUUGUGCAGCGGGAUUCCCUUGAUGCCAUCGUGAUGUUCCUGACCGGCCUGUUGCUCACAGUCCUCACAGACAUCAUUCACAUCUCUAUCUACUACCCUUUACAUAGUUAUCUCAUUGACGUGAAGCGUUUCAGUAUGGGCAUGGCCAUCUUCAGCCUCCUCCUGAAACCUGGAUCCUGCUACUUUGUGUAUCGAAUGUACCGGGAGCGUGGAGGAGAAUACGUCUUCAACAUCGACCUGGAGUCCUCAUCUGACAGCCAUUUUGCCUACAAUGGUCUCAACCAUGCAGGCCGGGAUCGCAGUGCCUAUGAGACAAUUGACCAGCAGGAUGCCUCUCCACAGUGGCCUGACUCAAGCAAGACAGCUCAGCAUCCAUAUUGAGGCCCUUGUGUGCAGCAGAAUGGACACCUCCCUCACCCAGUCCGGCCUUACGCUCCUCCCAUGUCUGUUCCAAUGAAACAAGACCUGCUACUGAGCAAACAGGAGAGGAUCUGACUUGACUUUUCUUUUGCUUUCCUGAAGAUUAGGCAGAGGAGUUCUUGGAAUGAGUCCAGAAGAUCUCAGAUGACUUUAAGCACUGUGACUCUUUGUGAUUUCAAUACUCUGCUUUCCUCUCUCCCCCUGAAUCCCUCCCCUGUAUGUGCAAGUGGAUGCACCUUCUGCAUUCUUCCAAGUCUUGUAUUGUGCAUCCUCUCUAUUGUAAGUAAGGGAGAUGUACAAAAUAUUCCUGGGCAAGCUCUCUUUAACAAGCUUAUGGACUACCCCUAAAACAACACAGUUUAGCCUGUUUUCUUGCUGAUACAUUUCCAGGAAACAUCUGAGACUUCUUGAGGGUUUUUGAUGGUGUUUUUUAAUUAAGAUUUAUGGCCAUAACUCCCUGUGGUAGCUGUGGUGGUUUACACGCAGCUAGGGUUGAUGUAAAAUGUACUUACUGGGCCAGGGAGCAUUCAUUGAUGCUUUUAUGAAAGUUACGUGUCCUUCAGGAUAGUGAAAAUGGCUGGUAAAUGUUGAUUACAUAUGCUCUGUGCCUUGAAAUGUCCUUUUGCCUUCAGCUGCCUGUCUUAAUAGAACUUGAAGUGUUAUACUUUUCUAAGAAAACUAUAAAAUGAACACAGUUGUUCUGUGUUAGAAAAAGAA